GCUUCCGUAGCGGCGCUGAAGAGGAGCGUGUGCGCGCCGUUGGCGGAAUUCAGUGACACGGAGCCACGGCAGAGAGCGGAGCUCGAUCGGAAUCGCCGCCGCCGCCAUGAGCCGAAGCUACAACGAUGAGCUGCAGUACCUGGACAAGCUGGACAAGCACUGCUGGCGUAUCAAGAAGGGCUUCGUGCCCAACAUGAACGUGGAAGGUGUCUUCUACGUGAACGAUCCUUUAGAGAAGUUAAUGUUUGAAGAGUUAAGAAAUGCAUGCAGAGGUGGAGGAGCUGGUGGCUUCCUCCCAGCCAUGAAACAAAUCGGAAAUGUAGCUGCACUGCCUGGCAUUGUUCAUAGAUCUAUAGGACUUCCAGAUGUCCACUCAGGCUAUGGGUUUGCCAUUGGUAACAUGGCUGCCUUUGAUAUGAAUGACCCAGAAGCAGUGGUAUCACCAGGUGGUGUCGGAUUCGACAUUAACUGUGGCGUACGGCUCUUGCGCACCAAUCUUGAUGAGAGUGAUGUCCAACCUGUGAAGGAACAGCUUGCUCAGGCCAUGUUUGACCACAUUCCUGUUGGUGUGGGGUCCAAGGGUGUCAUUCCUAUGAACGCCAAGGAUUUAGAGGAGGCACUGGAGAUGGGGGUAGAUUGGUCCCUCCGAGAAGGCUAUGCCUGGGCUGAGGAUAAAGAGCACUGUGAAGAAUACGGGAGGAUGCUGCAAGCUGAUCCAAAUAAAGUCUCUGCGAGGGCUAAGAAAAGGGGUUUGCCCCAGCUGGGGACUUUGGGAGCAGGAAACCAUUAUGCUGAGAUCCAGGUUGUAGAUGAAAUUUUUAACGAAUAUGCUGCCAAGAAGAUGGGCAUAGACCACAAGGGCCAAGUUUGUGUGAUGAUCCACAGUGGCAGCAGAGGCCUUGGCCACCAAGUAGCUACAGAUGCCCUAGUGGCUAUGGAAAAAGCUAUGAAACGAGACAAGAUCAUAGUGAACGACCGCCAGCUGGCAUGUGCCAGGAUUGCUUCCCAGGAGGGACAGGACUACUUGAAGGGAAUGGCAGCAGCUGGAAACUAUGCAUGGGUCAAUCGUUCUUCCAUGACUUUCCUCACCAGACAGGCUUUUGCUAAAGUCUUCAAUACCACCCCUGAUGAUCUGGAUCUGCAUGUGAUCUAUGAUGUAUCUCACAACAUUGCCAAAGUAGAGCAGCAUGUGGUAGAUGGAAAAGAACGGACCCUGCUGGUGCACCGGAAAGGAACAACCAGAGCUUUCCCUCCUCACCACCCCCUCAUUGCGGUUGAUUACCAGCUAACUGGCCAGCCUGUCCUGAUUGGUGGAACAAUGGGAACUUGUAGCUAUGUCCUUACUGGUACCGAACAAGGCAUGACUGAAACCUUUGGUACCACCUGCCAUGGAGCGGGCCGUGCAUUGUCACGUGCAAAAUCUCGGCGCAACUUGGAUUUCCAGGACGUAUUGGACAAGCUGGCGGACAUGGGGAUUGCAAUCCGGGUUGCAUCCCCCAAACUGGUUAUGGAAGAAGCACCUGAAUCUUACAAGAAUGUGACAGAUGUGGUUAACACCUGCCAUGCAGCUGGCAUUAGCAAGAAAGCCAUUAAACUGAGACCCAUAGCAGUGAUCAAAGGCUAAGGAAGUCUUUCCCUGAACUGGCCAGCACUGUUCUUGCUGAAG